GGCUCGCUCGUUUGUUCGGCGCGCGUUUUCGUCGCCUGUCUCGUUAGCAUUUCUCGCGACGUUCAGUCCAGGCUUUUUCCAAGAUGGCCGCCCCCGUGCCGGUUACGACGGAGAGCUGGUUCCGUACCCGGGAUGUACUUAUGCCGGAGGGUCCGGAAGACUUCGGGUCACUUCUUCUAUCGGCUCCGGUGUUGGAAGGGCUGCGAGCCGCCGGGUUUCUAAAGCCUUCCCCAGUGCAACUCAAAGCAAUCCCGUUGGGUCGCUGUGGUCUUGAUCUUAUUGUGCAAGCAAAAUCAGGCACUGGUAAGACCUGUGUUUUUUCCACAAUCGCACUUGACUCCCUUAUCCUGGAAAGUCCAGUUACACAGAUUCUGGUUUUGGCUCCUACCCGAGAAAUUGCUGUACAGAUUCAUGCAGUUAUUACAGCUAUUGGGAUUAAAAUGGAAGGUUUGGAAUGUCAUGUCUUUAUUGGAGGGACCCCUUUAAACCAAGACAAAAUCAGGCUGAAAAAGUGUCACAUAGCAGUUGGCUCCCCUGGUCGCAUAAAGCAGCUUAUAGAGUUGGAGUAUCUGAAUACAUCCAGCAUUCGCCUUUUCAUUCUUGAUGAAGCAGACAAGCUUCUGGAAGAAGGCAGUUUCCAGGAGCAAAUAAAUUGGAUUUAUUCUUCUCUGCCAGCCAACAAGCAAAUGUUGGCUGUUUCAGCCACUUAUCCUGAAUCCUUAGCUAAUAGUUUAACUAGAUAUAUGAGAGAUCCCACAUUUGUGAGGUUGAAUCCCACUGACCCAAGUCUCAUUGGAUUGAAGCAAUACUUUAAAGUUGUGAAUUCACAUCCAUUACCACAUAAGACUUUUGAAGAGAAGGCGGAGCAUUUACAGGAGCUCUUCAGCAAGAUUCCCUUCAAUCAGGCUUUGGUCUUCUCAAAUCUACACAGUCGAGCUCAGCGCUUGGCAGAUUUACUGACAUCCAAAGGUUUUCCUGCGGAAUGCAUUUCAGGCAGUAUGAAUCAGAACCAGAGACUUGAUGCCAUGGCUAAGCUCAAGCAAUUCCAUUGCAGAGUGCUGAUUUCAACUGAUUUGACAUCACGUGGAAUUGAUGCUGAGAAGGUGAAUCUAGUCAUUAACUUGGAUGUACCUUUGGACUGGGAAACAUACAUGCAUCGGAUUGGCAGAGCUGGACGCUUUGGAACUUUAGGGCUAGCAGUGACUUAUUGCUGCCGUGGGGAAGAAGAGAAUGUGAUGAUGAACAUUGCGCAGAAAUGUAACCUUCGGCUUCUUCCUUUACCAGAUCCCGUACCUCCUGAGUUGAUGGAACAUUUUGAAGGCGGAGAUGUAGAAGUCACUGCUGUCUCAUAUCCCAAUGCUUCAUUGCAUCCUCCUCUGCCUGCUAAGCAACCAGAGGGGACAGUGCAGCCCUCAGCAGUAGUUAGCUGUGCACGGGAGUCCUCUGUUGCUGCUUGUGAAAAUCUUUCUGCAGCUAAGCCAAAACAGGCCCCCAAACAAAAAAGGCUGCUCAAAAGUAGAACAGGACAUGGCAGCACAAAGAGAACCAUCCAGGACCAGCUGUCUUCCCAUUGCACCAUAGAGCCAAAGCACCAACCAAAACUGGUUGUCCAAACUGGUACACAGCAGAACAAGCAAGAGGAGGACAAGGAAGCAUUAAGCAACUUGCUUCCCAAGAUACCUUGCCUGUCCUCUUACAAGACCCAUCAGACUGCCAAUACAUGGAGCAUGGCUGAGUUUGUUGAGGAUUAUGAAUACUUCAUUAAGGAAGGACUGGAGAAAGAUGUGGAAAUUGUAAGAAGCUAUACAGGGCCUGGAGAGCAUCAUUCAGGAAAUGAUGCCUUGGAUUGGAAAGGAAUGGAAUCCAGCAUGUGUACAGCAGCAACAGCUGAUGCAUGGACUGAGGAAUCUGAUAGUGACAGUAGCACUUACAGCUCUGACUCAUUAACCUGUAGCUCUGAGGACCAGUCACAUAGCAAAGCUUCUUCAGAUAUACAGAAAGGAGAGGAGGUUGGGUUUUCAGCAGAUCGGACUUCUCAGAAGCACCCUCAGCAGUCCUGUAAUGUCCCUGAAUUACAAGAGAUUCCAGAGCCGCCUCCACUCCAGAAGAGUAAACAGAAUGUGAAACAGAGCAGGCAGAGUUGCCGCCCUCCUGCUACCAAACCUUCUAAGAGGGGAAUUGUCAAAGGUGCCUCUCAGCGCAAACCUGAUCCCGCUUUCCUCUGUGAGAAUCAGAGUUAUGAGGAAUACUGGAAAGCAUAUUACCGGGCAUACCGUGACUAUUAUCCUACAGCUUCUUAUUCAUAUGAUCGCGCAUAUAACUGGCUGACAGCUUAUCGUGCCAAUGCAGUCUACAUGGAAGAGUUGCUGAGAGGUCAUCCGUGAUGGGCAAACCUGUACCUGUAGUGCAAGAUUACCUUUUUCAUUCCAUUCAUCUAGUGUUUUGUAUGUAUUCCAGAAGAUAAAAGGCCACAGAUGUUUUGCCAAUUAAAAAUUGUGACAAGUGAUGAAA